UGACACUCCGUUGACGUGACGCGUGGCUGAAGAAGAAAACGUGCGUCAUGAGGCCGACCACGGCCGCCCAGGACUUGAGGGCAGCCUGAUGGCACUCUUCGUCGGCGAACGUUCGUCGCGUUUUAUUUCCCGUAUGUCGCCACGAUAUUGCCACGCGUAGAAACGUGAGAGAGAGGGAGAGAAAGAGAGAGAGAGAGAAAGGGGGAGAGAGAGAGAGAGGUAGUGUAGUGCGUGCAGAUGCGUUUGUGUCCUGAUCCUCUUUGGUUCCGCAAUAUAUUCGGAGAGAAAAAGACGGAGAACUACACGUAGACUCAACGCUCGUAGACUUUAGACAUGUCGGCGUACGCGCAAUUCGGAUACUCGUAUCCGUCGGCGUCCCAGCUCCUGGUGAGUGGCGGGCAACCGACAACGGCGACGUCGCCGGCGAUGUCGGCGGGUGCAUUGAGCCCGGGUGCUCUAUCGCCUUCGUCGACGGCGACAACGACGACGGGGGUCGGGCCCGCAGGUACCGGCGGUGCUACCACCCCCGUGGGUGGUGCCGCCACCGGACCUGGUUGCUGUGAGAACGGUAGGCCCAUGAUGACGGACCCUGUGACGGGGCAAACGGUGUGCAGCUGCCAAUACGACAACGCCGCGAGAUUUGCGUUGAGCACUUAUCCUCGACUACCCACCGCGACUUCCUACUCCUCCUACCCCACGCCGACGCCCUCCACCACCGAUCAAGGCCCUUAUCCUAGCAUCGGUAUGGAUAGCUCUGCGUUCUAUUCGCCUUUGGGUAAUCCGUACGGGCUGAAGGACGCGACGGGGAUGGGCAUGACGGCGGACAUGGGUGCUGCUUGGGGCACGGCCGCCCUUCAACCUGCCGCCACGGGUUACUACCCUUACGAUCCAACCCUGGCCGCCUACGGGUACGGCGCUGGGUACGACCUGGCAGCGCGGCGGAAGAAUGCCACGAGGGAGUCGACGGCAACCUUGAAGGCUUGGCUGAACGAACACAAGAAGAACCCGUAUCCGACGAAAGGCGAGAAGAUUAUGCUGGCUAUCAUCACAAAAAUGACGCUGACGCAAGUCUCCACUUGGUUCGCGAACGCGCGGAGACGCCUCAAAAAGGAAAACAAGAUGACCUGGGAACCGAAGAACAAGACGGACGACGAUGACGAUGCGGUGCUCACCGAUUCCGAAGAUAAUAAGGAAAAGGACGAUCUCGCGUCGGAUAACAGAGGCGACCGAGUCGGUGAAGAUGCGAGGCGGGGCCUCGACGAUACCGAACCAAUGAGGCAUGUGAAAGCGGAGCUUUUACAGCAUGAGAAGGAUCUCGACGAUGAAGACGAGUUAGAACUUGAGGACGACCGCCGACGGAGCGAGCAUCCCUUUCAUCACACGAUGCAGCAUCACCAUCAUCAUCAUCAAGGUUAUGGCAGUGAGGAUCAUCUGAAAGAAGAGGGUAUCAAAUCAGACUGUAGUGGGGGUGGUGUACCGAUCCCUGCAACGAAACCCAAAAUUUGGUCCCUAGCGGACACGGCGGCGUGUAAAACGCCGCCACCACCGUCGCAUCCCCACCAUCAGCAGUAUCACCAUUUACAUCAUCAGCAACAUUAUCCUCAACAACAGCAACAUCACGUGCCCAAUCAAGGACAUCAUCAUCAUUCGCAACAACCGUGGCUCGGUCCAGGAGGUGCGGGAGGUGGCGCCGGUGGCGGUGGUGGUGGCGGAGGUGGAGGAAACUUGGGAAGUUCGUUCGCUCUACCCUCCUCGGCGGGGAUGAGCCCGUCGGCAGCAGCGACAGCACCUUACUCGGGUGCUACCGCGAGAUACGGCGGCUUCCUUUCGUCCUCGUCCGGUGGCCAACUCCAUUACAAUCCUAACUCGUCGUCGGGCUCGAGCUCGAGUGCGUCCUCCUCAGCGGCGGCGGCGGCGGGGUUUCCAGAGGUUGGCACGGACACUCCACCCCAGACACCGCCCAAUAUGAAGGUGGCCACGCCGAACGGAGUGAUCCAAGCACCACCGGGCGGUUACUGUCCUGGUGGCAACACCGCUAGUGCCGCAACUAAUGGCAAUCCUAAUAUCCCCUACGGCGCGAAUCAUCCCAGUAGCGGCGGUUAUCUGUCGACGAGUUCAGGAUCGACUAGCAGCGCCUCGUCCUUUAAUUCUCGUCUACAGAGCUCACCGCAUAAGGAUUUCUCGUCAGUUGGCCAGAAUUCUAUUCUUCACCAGCAUCAAACCACUGCCAGUUUGCCACCCACGGAAGCUACCACCGCAUUUAAACCAUUUUACAAAGGUUCGCAAUCGAUGGGUAGUGGCUUCGUCUCGCCAGUUUAAGAACCCGUACCAAGAUCCGGAAAACGAUAAUCGUCUUUCCCAAAAAUAAAGUGGCGCCAUUGAGGGAGAGGUCCUGCGAGGAAGUCUUGCGGCCGGACUGUAAAUACGCGCUCCUGAGUGGUUUCGGGAUUUAUUAGCGUUAUCUCGACUUCACGUCAGAGGUGGAGGGAGAAAGAAGUGCGAGGAGUAAGAGAAGCGGGUAGAGGCAGUCGGGCAAGCAGGAAGGAAGGAAGGGAAGAGAGAGGAAGGUGGUCGACUCUUCGAGAUACAUAAAUCGUUCCCCGACCUCUGGAAGGCGCGACUUGGAAAAGACGUAUGAGAGGGUAGAAGAGCGACUGUGCGAAGCGGGAGUACGCGAGAGAAGAGGCGGCUUAGAGGAGAUUUAGGAAUUAGGAGAAUUACGUCAAAGUGCCUGCUUACGCACGGCUACGUACGGCGAAGCGACACCGGGGGCCGGGUAAGAAGAAAGUAUGGGGGCCGAGCGCGCAGGAUUUAUGCCCGACGCACUCUCCUCAGCAUGCUGCAAGCAAGAGCUGCCAGCCGCCAUAUUUUCGAUCGGUACCAUCGACCGCUGGCUGACGGCAAGAAGAUGGGUUUACGGGGCAGCGCGUGUUGCGUCACCCCGUCGCUGAAGCUAACUCGAGUGAGAAGGAGUGAGAAGAUUUUCAAGUUACCCAGGUCGAGUGGCCGAACAUGAACUUUCCGCGAUCGUCUUCGAUGUUCGGAUGUACCGCCGGUGUACAUCGUCCUCACACGUACACUCACACACGCACCCCACACAUGUAAUCGUGAGUCCUUCUUUUCCGUUUAGUCAAUGUUUCAUUACCGAUCGUUCAGCGACGUCGCGAGAUUUCUGGAAAAGCACUGCGCGUGAAGAGCUGUCGAUUUUGUAAAUAAAGGACGCGCAGAUGCCGAUCACUUCGGGAAUCCGUAUUGAUUUCGCACUGAAGAUCGCGUACGUGUAUACAUAUACAAUACCUCCGAUGGAAGGGCGAAUCGUUUCUAAAUAUCCCGCAAAUUGGCGGAUGAACGAUACGUUCCUUCCGACGCGAAGAUAUCAAUCGCGAAUUAUACGGGCAACGUGCAAGAUAGCACUACUUCUUCGUUACGAAGUAACGGGGUCUUUCUUAACGGUCGUCGCUGGAAAUCAGUCGUUUAAUUCGGCUCAAGAGAGAGAAAGAGAGUUUCGGGACGCUCAAGCGAAUAUACUUCGACCAAGUCGCGCGAAUAUCGUGAGAAAAAAGACAAGAGAAAAAGAGCGUAAAGAGAAACACUCGAUCUACCUGUUGUAGGUUUAAGAUGAAAAUAGGGGAAAAAACAGAUCGCGUAGCGCAUUACAAAGCUACUAUCGUUAAACUUAUCACUAACUCCUUUAAUUAUCCGAAUGAAAUAUUAACGUAUACCCGAAUACCCGCAUAUAGAGAUGGAAUGAUAAAUAGUACACCUACGCAUUACACAUACACACGGUGACACGCAAGUAACUCUAGGCCGUAGAUCUUAAGGCUGUACCUACUACAUCACGAAAUUUUAUCGGGGUGACGCGUCUUAAGGAUUUUACAGAGAAAAAGAGAGAUCCUCGCCGCAGAGUAUACAUCGCUAUAUUAUAAGUAUAAAUAAAUAUAUAUGGGUAGAGUUGGCGCAAUGCUUACGCGCCUAACAAUAAGACUAACAGCGACGAGAGGAGAUACGGUGAGAAAUUGAAUAAUAAAUCGUUAAGGAUCAAAUUCGUCCCUUUUCGCGCGACAACCGUGCACUCGCGCAUCUCAGGUCAAGCCGGGACAUCGAAGAUACAAAUUCGUAUAUGUAGUAUACAAUUUUCCUAAUACGUGUUGCAUUCGAUUGUUGCCUAAUACUGUAUUUUGUUGUAUUUUUUGCAAUUAUCCGUUUCUUUUAUGGACAAUUUUAAGUUUGUUGGUAGAUAUAGUCACUGUUGAUCAGCAUUAUAUUCUUAGAGAAGAGAAUAUUAUGGCUUUACUCACAAUUCUUACGCGAGAAAUACGAAGACAUCGCGAAUGUGUUGCAAUAAAAAAAAGCGGAAAUGCGGCGUGCACGGUGCUCGAAACAAAAAAUUGUUGAUAUUUUUUUAUAUUAUAUGUAUAUCGCGCGAGUCGUCCCUCUUUUCGUCGAGCCGAUCACGUUGGUGAUAACAACCGAGGGACGCACGACACUAGUAUCUUGCGCAAAUCGCGGAAGAUUGUCAGGUCGUGUUUUGAAGAAAAAAAAAAAAAAGAAAAAAGGAGAAGAGUCGACUAUUAUUUUGUACUUUGGCGUAAACGUAAACGAGAGCGCGCGCGCGAGUCAUCGUCGGCGGUUGAGACUCUCAACUUGAGAGGGAGCGUUGAAUGGAACUUGUACAUUGUUUUGUAAAGAAUACAUUUAUUUAUAUCUGUGAUAACGGGAGAGUUCAACGGGGGGAAGGAAAAGGAGGGAAAACGAUAACAUAAGGCGUUCGCGGUAUCGGUAUACUCUGACGAAGACGGUCGGUGCUCGUGCAUUCGUUGACACGUAUAUCAUAGUAUAAUUAUAUAAAUAUGGUAACGUUUUUUUGUAAAUAAUCAGAAAAGUAUAGAGAGAUAGAGAGAGAGAGAAGGAAAGAAAGAGAGAGGGAAAGGAAAACAUGGAUGGUGUGUACCGCUUUGCGGACGAAGGUUAAGGAGGAAGAGGUAAAUAAAAAAAUUAUAUAAAUAUAUAAAUAUAACGCACGUUUUGUGUACAU